CCGCCUGCUCCGUUGAUGUUGUGCUUGGCUCCUGUGGGACUGCAACUCACGGCUGGAAACUGGAGCCAAUUUUCUGUCUUCAUCUCUCAGUGUUUUGACUGGAGGCAGAUCCAGUUCAGGCCGAUCAGGGCUGGUGGAAACAACUACCAAGUGUGUCUCUUUCGCUUUGGGAGAAGAAAGUGGAGGGAGCCCCAGAAUGUUGUAGAGGAACUGGCCCUGCGGAAACAGCGGACGGGGGUGGGGGGGGGAGCGGGCAGCAAAACAGACCAUCUGAGGCUGUCAGAGAUGACUCUGGUUCUGUCCAUGAAUAGAUUCUGCGAACCCAUUGUCUCGGAAGGAGCUGCUGAAAUUGCCGGGUACCAGACACUAUGGGAGGCUGACAGCUACGGAGGCCCAAGCCCCCCAGGGCCAGCACAGGCUCCUCUGCAUGGAGACCGGGGAGCCGGUCCCCCGCUGGCAGGAUCACAUUACAGGGGAAUUUCAAAUCCUAUAACAACAUCCAAGAUCACAUACUUUAAGAGGAAGUAUGUGGAAGAAGAGGAUUUUCACCCACCACUCAGCAGCUGUAGCCAUAAAACCAUCUCAAUCUUUGAGGAACGAGCCCACAUUCUUUAUAUGUCCUUAGAAAAGCUAAAGUUUAUCGAUGAUCCUGAAGUGUACCUCCGAAGAUCUGUCCUUAUAAACAACUUGAUGAAAAGGAUCCAUGGAGAAAUUAUCAUGCAGAAUAACUGGUGCUUCCCUGCCUGUUCUUUCAAUGGCACCUCUGCCCAGGAGUGGUUUAUGGCUCAAGACUGUCCUUACCGAAAACGACCUCGGAUGGCCAAAGAGGAGUGUGAAAAGUUUCAUGCCUGCUGCUUGUACCAAGAAUGUGGUGGUCACUACCUAAAUCUACCCCUUUCUGUCAAUGCUAAUAUCGGAAGUGCCUCCACCACUGCCUCCUCUUCCUCCUCCUCCUCCUCCUCAUCUUCCUCUUCCUCUCCUCCUCUGCCUUUACCGAGUUGUUCCCAUCAGGUGGAUUUUGAUUUAGGCAGUGCACAUAUUUACAAGGGUGAUGGCCAGAUACCUGCCAAUGAAAUCUUUGUUACUAAUGCGAGGUCACUGGGUGUUCAGGAAAAGGCCAAAUUAAAUGAUGAGAAAGCAAAUGAUGACACCAACAGGGAUGGUGGCCCCCUAAGCCAUGAACCUGUGGGAAAUGACCUUGCUUUUGAGUGCAAAGGCCAAUUUUAUGAUUAUUUUGAGACUGGAUAUAAUGAAAAAAGCAAUGUAAGUGAGUCUUGGAAAAAGUCCUUAAGGAAAAAAGAGCCUUCACCAAGUAACAAACUGUGCUGCAGCAAAGGAAGUAAAAUAUGAGCCAUCUUCUCACCGAGACCUUGAAGCAUGCACAGCAUGAUCAAUUCGCUCUCAUAAAUUUUAUUUUGAAUGGAUUUUAUAGUUUUGUACAACUAAUACAAUUAUACCAUGAACAUGCCAUGUUGUUUUAAUGCCUGGAGAGCAGAUUGCAUAAAACAUCUGUAUAGUAGGCAUCGGCGAGCUACUUAUACAUGUGGUGACGUUACUGAGAAAACAGUUGACUUAAUGCUUACAAGUAUAUCUUAGUUUUCUUACAGAAAAAUUAGUAGAUAAGACUGGGGGACAAUGUGCCCUUGUGAUAUUUCCAGGACCCCCAAGGAGCCUGUCACUAGCGAAGAACCUUCCACCUGUUUGCCAGUUAAUUAGGUAGUCAUUUGGUAAGCAAAUCCAUGUAACCAGCAAAGGAUGUCUGCUUCUCUAUGAUACAGUAUUUUUUUCUGAAUAAAAGACUGACGACAGGGAGCUAGAUGAAAUGGCUUCCUGGUGCUGUUAAGUAUUUGGAUUUAACAGUCUUGUGUGACAGAUGAAAAUAGGAUAGAACGUAAUGAAACACACCUGUCUAGGGGCAGCAAUCAACAAUGUGAGUAGAGGGUAAUCCCUGCAGGUUCCCGGCUUGCCUGAGAUGGGUGAUGAGGCUUUUAGAGAGGUGUUAUACAGGGCGAUUUUUGGUGCCUUACUUUAUCUUAAUUUUUGCCAAUGUGAAAAUUAAGGAUAAAUCAGAGUACAGCAGGGAUUUAACAAACAGGAAAAAAAAAACACAGGGUGGAUCAAUAUUGUUUGGAAACUGUUAACGUCGAACUAUUGCGUUCAACUUUUGAUUCAACAUCUCUAUUCUUCCUUUAUUUUUGAUGCCCAAUUGCUUUUGGAUUUGGCAUUUUUAGAAAGGGAUGGAGGAAACAAUAGAGAGAGCUGUUAGAAACCAGCACUAGCUGCUCGAGCUUUUCUAUGGCAACGGUCUGUUGCUGGGGUUUGGGUUUUCUGGGUUUUGGAUUGUUUUGUUUUGUUUUCUUGUCCAAUGAAGUUCAUGAACCAGUGGCAUGCAUCAUACUUUAAUCUGUUUUGCAUCAUUUCACUCGUUUAGAUUAUAAAAGCAUGUGGUUUUUUAUAUAUGACUUUUGCUGUUGAUUACGAAGCACAAUGUUAAUAAAUGAUGUGGUGAUCAAUAA